CAGGAUGGAGUCGCAGAUUAAGCAUGCUGUUGUAGUGAAGGUUAUGGGUCGUACUGGAUCUAGAGGACAGGUUACUCAAGUUAGAGUGAAGUUUUUGGAUGAUCAGAAUCGUCACAUCAUGAGGAAUGUUAAAGGACCAGUUAGAGAAGGUGACAUUCUCACCUUGCUUGAGUCUGAGAGAGAAGCUAGAAGACUUCGCUAGAAGAGUAAUUGGGUUCCACUUUUAAUUAACUAUUGUUUGUUUAUGAUAAAUCUGUGUUUAAUUAUAUUAUCAUCUAUGCUUUUGUUUUGUUGAGUUCUUCGAGUAAAAUCGUUCAAUCACUCUGUAUUAUGUUUUGCAUGCCUUCAUUGCUGUAUUGAAACAUAUUUAUUUCUUAUUUUGACAUAUUUAUUGCAAAUACUUUUCAUAUGAAA